CGGGUCGGGUUAUUGUUCUGUCGGACCUUGUUUUCUUAUCUAGACGAUGAUGAACACUGCACAAUGACAGACAGAGCAGGUCUUCUUCAUAAGAGUUUCCUCUCUCUCCGUCUUUUCUUGGAAGAUAAAUUAACAGUUAAAGAUGAUGUUAUCAGUGGCUACACUGAAUUGGGUUCCUGGGUUUUCUUCGAAGAAGCAAUUUUGUUCACCCAAAAUUGUUUCCUUUACAAAGGGGCAGUCUUUUUCUCGACCUUCUAAUGUCUCAGUAAUCGAACCCAGAAGAAAUCUUGGCGUUUUUUCUACCUCAGCAGAGGCUGCCGUAAGUUUUGCCGAAGAAACAUCGACCCAUGAUUCUAUUUCCUCAGAUUCUCUUCAAAAAGAGAAGCUCAGAGUGGUGGUUAAGCCACUGGAGAAACCUAGGUUAGUGUUGAAGUUUAUUUGGAUGGAGAAGAACAUUGGAAUUUCACUAGACCAGGUAAUUCCUGGUCAUGGCACGAUUCCGUUGAGCCCUUAUUAUUUUUGGCCUAGAAAAGAUGCCUGGGAGGAACUUAAAGUCAUGCUGGAGAGUAAACCCUGGAUAUCCCAGAAACAGACGAUUAUUCUUCUUAAUCAGGCCACGGAUAUCAUCAAUUUGUGGCAACAGAGUGGUGGUGAUUUAGCCUAAGCCUUCAUAGAACAAGAUUUAUCGUGCUGCCACUGUACUUCGUCUUUUUUUUUUUUUGGCUAUCAUGCCUAUUAUGUGGCACAUGUUGUUGCAACUUUUUUCACUUGGAAGGUCAGUUAAGCUUACUCAA